AUGCCUCUCAUCGACGCCAACACCCCACCGACCUCCACCGACACUCACUACGUCGUCUACUUCGCCUCAGGCGAGCCCUCAUGGUGUCCCGACUGCCGUGAUGCUCUCCCCGCGCUAAACGCUGUCUUUGGCGGGGCUUCUGAUCCUACCGCUUACAUCGUCCGCGUGGGUUCGCGUGAGGAGUGGAGGGCUACUCCUAAGAACAAGUAUCGCCUUCCGCCUUAUAACAUCAAUGGCGUUCCUACUGUCGUCAAGGUCAAGAGUGGCACGGAGGUUGGACGACUGGGGGAUAAGGAGAGUCAGAUUGAGUCUUCUCUUCGCAAGCUUGUGAACCAGUAA